GCUGAAUCCUUCAACUUUUAAUUUGUGCAUUUUCUCAAAAGAAGGAAGAAGGAAUAUGAUAAAAGUGAAAUAAAACUGUAAUUGCUGUUGAAUCCCUAAAGAUAACCACAACUGGUCCUGAACAGGAGAAGUCUGUUUUGAAACUCUCAGACCCUGGCAGAGGCCUAAUGGCGGGUAAGGAAAUUAAGAACAGGGAUGGUAAAUGUCUGAAGGAGGUUCAUACAGUAACCGAGGCUUUGAAGACCCUGUACCGGGAAAAAAUGUGCCCGCUAGAGAAGUACUAUUGCUUCUCUGACUUCCACUCUUCAAGUCUUGAAGAUGCAGACUUUGACAACAAGCCCAUGAUACUGGUGGUGGGUCACUGCUCAACAGGCAAGACCACUUUUAUCAGAUAUCUUCUUGAACAAGAUUAUCCAGGAAGCCGAAUAGGCCCUGAACCCACAACAGAUAGUUUCACCGCUAUAAUGCACGGAGAGAUUGAGAGCAUUAUUCAUGGUAAUGCUCUAACUGUAGACCCCAACAAGCCCUUCCGCAAGCUCAGCCCAUUUGGAACUACCUUCCUCAAUCGAUUCCAGUGUGCACAUAUACCUAACAGAGUUCUAGAGAGUGUCAGCAUCAUUGACACACCAGGGAUCCUGUCUGUGGGCAGACGCAGAAUGAGCAGAGGGUAUGAUUUUCCAGCAGUGAUUUGCUGGUUUGCGGAGCAUGUAGACCGCAUCAUCCUCUUGUGUGAUGCACAUAAGCUAGAGAUCUCUGAUGAGUUCUCACGCACUAUAAUGGCAUUGCGAGGCAAUGAGGACAAACUCAGAGUGGUGCUCAACAAGGCUGACAUGGUGGACACCCAGGAGCUGAUGCGAGUGUACGGCGCACUCAUGUGGUCACUAGGAAAAGUGUUCUGCACUCCAGAGGUUCUCAGGGUCUACAUUGGGUCUUUCUGGUCCUCUCCUAUGCGUAUGACAGAUAAUCGAAGACUGUUUGAGCAAGAGGAGGCAGACCUUUUUGCAGAUAUUCAGAACCUGCCACGGAAUUCUGCAUUGAGAAAACUCAAUGAUCUGGUCAAACGGGCACGGCUUGUGAGGGCUCACGCUUACAUCAUUAGCUGUCUAAAAGAAGAGAUGCCUUUAGUUUUCUGCAGAGAUAAGAAGAAAAGAGAUCUUAUUUAUGACCUUCCCAUGAUCUUCUCAAGAAUCCAACAAAGGCAUCAGAUUUCACCUGGGGAUUUUCCAGAUUGCGCAAAGAUGCAGGAGCGACUCAUGAGUUAUGAUUUCGCCAAGUUUAAAGGCCUCAAGCCUAAGCUCUUAACUGGUUUGGACGAGCUCCUAAACACUGACAUUGCCAAGCUGAUGCCUCUUCUACACCAAGAAGAACAGGAGGCAGCUGAACAACUUGUGGUGCAAGGAGGAGCCUUUUUAGGGACCAACAGGGGGCCUUUUAUAGAAGGGAACCCCUUUCAUCACUGUGGAUCCAAUGGAGAAAGUGAUCAUGUCUCAGAUGAAGAAUGGGUGGUAUCAAAAGAUAAGCCAAAGUUUGAUGAGCUCUUUUACAACCUCUCGCCCCAUGAGGGUAAGCUUAGUGGGACUAAAGUGAAGGACUGGAUGAUGAGCACUCAUCUCCCCAGUUCAGUCCUGGGACGAAUCUGGAAGCUAUCAGAUGUGGACUGUGAUGGCAUGUUAGAUGAUGAGGAGUUUGCUUUGGCCAACCAUCUCAUUGAGAUAAAAUUGGAGGGCUUUGGGCUCCCUCAUGAGCUACCUGCACAUCUCGUGCCUCCCUCUAAAAGAAGGCGCAAGCGCUCGGACACUGAGAAUAGAGACAAUAAUUAAGGGUCUGCAUUUCUUAAUGUUUAUGAUGAUAGUGCUUAAAGACUCCAUGAAAUCGCAUGACAAAAAAAGUUAUCUUUCCUGUGUUGACGUAUGUCCUAUUGAAACAUUGCCCACCCACUUUUUCUGGUUCCGGUAGUAUUUUUCCAAUUUUUUCCAUAGGGAUUUCUUAAAAACCUCCAUAAAAGAGUUGUAAGCCAUGAACCAAACCAACCAUCUGUGAGGUAAAUUAUAACAUUACAAACUUUGAUUUAAAGCAAUAAAGCAUUUGAAAAUCGGACAAAAAGACAAAGUCACAAGACUGUGUACUUGACGUCUUUAAUGAGGGAAUGAACUACAAUCCCAUGAAGCAUUGCGAAUGACUUAAUCGAUUAAAAAAACAAUGGAAAAAUAUGAAAAUAUGAUUUUGUUUUAAAGAUGUUGAUUAUAAGUGUAGUAUCAAUUUAUUUAAAAAUAUUGCAAAAUAUUCAGAUGUAUUCAAAUAUGUAUAUAAAUAGUUUGAGAGUGUAGAGAGAUCGACUUGAUUCCUUCAUUCACAAGUGCAUCAUGGAAGUGGGUGGUCACUGCAGGGCUCUAUUGUCGAGCUUUGUUGGCUGCAGUUCUCUGAUUCAUGGAUCUUAUCUGCUGGUUCAUGGAUAUUGUAGUUCUUCACCAAGAAUUCUGCUAUUAAAUGCCAUUUUUAAACAAUGAAGUUGAAAUAACUUGGACUUCAACAGAAGCAUAUACUAUUGAUUAACAACCUCAAAGCUGUCUAUAUUUAAAGGUUUAUAAGUUAUUGGUAAUGAUUAAUUAGCAUAUGGAGAAAAUGAAUAGGAUUUUUACUUCCAGAACCAGACUGUUGCGCUCUGUUAGGAGGAGGGACAUUCUCAUUCUACAGAGCGUUUAAUUGGACAAAAUCUGUGUAGUGCAAGAUGGGUCAUCAAUCUUUUUGGUCUGUUUUUCCAGGAAGAGAAAGACUUUUAAAUGUGUAUAUAUCUGUUAAAAGUUUUUUCCCCUCAACUUUUAAGUGUACACUAGCAUAUAGAUGGCCUCAAUUCUAUCAGACAUGGACUAAAGGCAGAAAUUAUUUAGCCAGAGAUGGAGCACUUGUAUUAAAAUGAAGGGGAGAAAUUGGAACGCCCAAUAUGGCAGGUGUAGAACAGGAAAUCCCGCCUUAAAUGUAAAAGAGCCAGUCAACUUUUAGAUGCAGAUUUCAGCUGUCAGUCAUUUAGAGAAUGCACAUGCGCAUUAGCUGGACCAGCUUGAAAAAUAUUACGCAAAAAUCGCACAAUUUAUGAUACCAUUGUUGUCAGAUUUUACUUCUGAUUUGAAAUAUGUUAUUUGAUCGUAAUUUGAAAUAUGUUAUUUGAUCGUAAUCUUGACCAACUGUUUUGGAAGAUUUCUGUCUUUCGCCAUUCAAGUAGACAGGAGCUGUACUUUUAUGCCGCUUUUAUCCAUAGGAGAUUGAUUGUUCUUUAUUCAAUGUUUAGGUUAGCAACAAUACUUAACACAAUAUAUAGAUUAGAAAAUAUCUACUCACUCCUAAAAUUCCUGAACUUGGUGUGCAAGCUUCAAGUUGAAAUUUAUAUAGCAAAUCAAUCUAAAAAAAUUUUUUUUUGGUGGUUUACCCAAGGGUUGGGAACAGCUUGUCUGUUCUUGUUGCUUUUCUGCUGCAGUACAUUAUGCAUCUCUGUUUAAUUGUCAUUAAAUUGUUUCAUGGGUUACAUAAUUGUUUAAAAAAAUAAAUUUUUUGCAUGCUCAGUAGUCUAACACCGCUCGUCAAUGUCAGUUGAUCAAAUCAAAGAAGGCAGUACUCACUUUUUAUAGAAGCUAAGUGGGAACCUAGUAGAUUAUUCCAGCGGCACACAUCAGCAAAGUCAGCAUUUAAGAUUAAGAAUGUUAGUGCCAUGUAAGAUGCAAGUAUCUAACU